AUGGAAAACAGUGGAAAAGAUAUGUUUGGUUUUGAUGGCUAGUCAUCUAUUUAUGCUGCAAUUAGACCUACCUAUCCCAAAGUAUUUUAUGAGCAAUUAGAAGAAGCAAUGUUAUAAAGUGAAAAUGGAUGGAGAAUUUGCUUGGAUAUUGGAACUGGAACUGGACAGGUUGCAGCAAAGUUGGCCUCAAAAUUCAGGCAUAUUUAUGGACUUGAUAUUAGUGACAAAUAACUCUAAUAAGCUCGUGAAGUAAAUUCCAAUAUUGAUAAUUUGACUUUUCAUAAUUGCUCUGUCUAUGACAUCUAAUAAUUCGUUGAGGAUAAUAAGAUUGACGGAGAGAUAGACUUAAUUAUAAUGGGUGAGGUAUUUCAUUGGUUUGAGCCAUAAAGAGCUCUUCACGAACUUCAUUAAGUUGCAAAUAAAUCUGGUUCUCUUGUGGUAAUUUGGUCUUAUAUCUAAUUCAGCAUUCUCAAUUCUAACAUUCAUAAGGACUGCAUCGAAAAAAAUGAGCAAUAUCUGACAGACUUCAAAGAAAUCAUCUAUAACAAAAGCCUUUAAUUCACAACCCCUAUUUAAAAUAGUGAUGAUGACAUAAAAACAAAUGCUCAAAUGGUUUUAGAUUUCUUACUUUCCACUAGUGGAUAUCGGGUAUUACUUGAAAAAGAAGGUAUUACUUUGGGAGAUAUCGAUUAAGAUCCAGCUAUGAUUCUUAAAAAGGAAAUUUAGAUAGCUUAUUAGGAAUAUUAAAAAUAAAUUGGUGCUUUUAAUGAUGGAGAAGAGAAUUAAUUGUGUGAAUUAAAAGAUAUUAAUUUAUUCAUUGGCUGGCCAUUCUUUUCAAUUAUGCUAAAAAUAAAAAAUGAAUGA